GUUGUUCAAUUUUAUUGUCAAUGUCGAUUUGGCAAUCGAUGAAUCACCUUAUUAAUUUUCCUCAUAUCUAUACACAGAAGAAAUUAUAAUUAAACGUAUAUAGUACAACUUAUAAUCAUAGUUGUAUGUUUCGUCAGUGAACAGGAUUAGUUAUGGCAGAAAAUCAGGAUACACCGACUUAUAAGAACGAAAAAACAAACGAGGACCAGGCAAUGGAUCACGAAGGUUCCCCGCCACCGCCAGUCACUCCUCCUCCGCCGGCAGACGUUGACACUCAGGAAAUAAUUAUUGUAAAUGAAAAUACUGAAGAGCUUGACUUGAACCAUGGUAGGAUUGGCAAGAUUGAGAAUUUGGAACCAUUGAAGAACUUAGAGAGAUUAUAUUUAAGAUGGAAUCUCAUUAAAAAGAUUGAGGGUCUAGAUACACUACAGACUUUAGUUGAACUAGAGUUGUACGACAAUCAAAUUGUUGUCAUAGAGAAUUUGGACAACCUUGUUAAUCUUGAAAUAUUGGACCUGUCUUUUAAUAGAAUCAAAGAAAUCACAGGCUUAGGAAAUUUAUUGAAAUUGAAGAAAUUAUUUUUGAGCUCUAAUAAAAUAAAUGAAAUCAAAAAUGUUAAUCACUUACCUAAGCUGGAAUUGUUAGAAUUGGGUGACAAUCGAAUUCGGGAAAUAAAGAAUCUCAAUGGCUUAAAAACUUUAAAGCAACUUUACUUGGGUAAGAACAAAAUUACAAAAGUACAGAAUUUAGAAGACCUAACAGAUCUAGAGAUAUUAGUCCUUCAAAGUAAUAGGAUUACGAAGAUUGAGAAUCUACAUGAGUUGACAGCGUUAGAACAACUUUACAUAUCAGAGAAUGGUAUAUCCGUUAUAGAGAAUUUGGAUAACCAGAUAAAAUUGCAAACUUUAGAUCUAGCAAUGAACAGGAUUACGGUUAUAGAAAACUUAAGGCAUAUGAGUGAUUUAGAAGAGUUAUGGUUAAAUGAUAACCAAAUAUCGGAAUGGUCAUCGAUAGAAUAUUUAAAAGAUAAUAAGAAGAUAGCAACAAUAUAUCUGGAGAGGAACCCAAUAGCAUCAGAUCCGGCGUACAGGAGAAAAUUGAAACUCUGCCUACCCUCACUGCAGCAGAUCGACGCAACAUUGUGCAGUCAAGGAAUCUCGCGAACGCCUCCUUCAGAGCACAACGUUCAACCGCAAGACCCUCCGCAAGGACCCGCUGCUCCCUAGCCUUAGUAAA